CUCCCAUGUCUUACAGAAGAUGACGCGGGAGGAUGAUGUGGAAGCGUUUUUGUUGGCGUUUGAACGUACGGCCACCCGGGAGGGAUGGCCAAUUGAGAAAUGGGCUGGAAUUCUGGCCCCGUUUUUAGUAGGUGAAGCCCAGAAGGCAUAUCAUGAUCUGAGCCCACAGGAAGCUGAGAGUUACCCCCACUUAAAGGCCGAAAUCCUGGCACGGGAAGGGGUGACCUCCGCUGUACGGGCACAGAAAUAUCAUGCCUGGGGAUAUGCACCCGGGGUUCCACCCCGGUCGCAGAUGUUCGACCUGAUCCAUUUGGCCACUAGGUGGCUCAGACCGGAGGUAAAUAAUGCCGAGAAAGUUAUAGAGGUUCUAGUGAUGGAUCGGUAUUUACGGUCUUUACCGGCCCCACUAAGGAAGUGGGUCGGACAAGGAGACCCCAGUACCAUAAAUGAAUUCGUCGACCUAGUGGAGCGGCAGUUAGCCGCGGAGGAGCUUUCUCGUCAGCCCCAGAUCCCCGCAACAAGGAGCCCGAAACCACCAGCUUGGGCAUUCAAAUCGGGUAAGCAACCGGCGAUGCCGGAAAGGGGUGAAGAGCGGCCAGAGGUCGUGAAGGGACUGGGGACAAUUGGGAGGUUGAGGCCCGAGACACCAGGGUAUGGCUAUCUCAAGUGUUUUAAGUGUAAUCAGAUGGGCCACAUUGCCAAGUAUUGUAAAAGUGAGGAAAAGAUGGAGUGCAAUGUGGUCAAGUAUAGUGAAGCAGAAAACCACUUUUGUGGAAAUAUUAUUGUUCCACGUCACCCGGUGGGGACGUACCCUUAUCUAGUGUGGGUCACACUUAAUGGGAAAAAGGCGGAGGCUCUCGCCGAUUCAGGUAGCGCAAUUACUUUAGUCACGCUUGAUUUGUUAUCAGACCACGUGCUAGAUUAUGAUUUUAAAACAGGGGUUACUUGUAUUCAUGGGGAUGUUAAACACUACCCAACUGCUGUAGUCUCCAUUGGAAUAGGGACCCAGGUUGUAGACUUAAGGGUUGGAGUAGUUCCCCACCUUCCCCACCAAGUAAUCCUUGGCAGAAACGUACCAGGGUUUGAUACCUUGGUGAAAUUCAAUAAGCCGAAGAAAGGAAGUCCCGCCGACAACGGCGACAAGAACGAGAUUUAA